AUGGCAGUCGAGCCUACUCCCACUCCAUCUUUUCCGCUUCCUCCCGCCGAGCUCACGAAGAUUACUACUGAGGCGUGCGAUGGAGCUCUCCAGAAAGCGCUAGGAUAUGACCAUACGCAGGUCGCAACAUGGAAUUCUACCAUUAUUAACUCCGUCCUCAAAGCGCUCAUCGCAGCCACAACCCCAGAAUCAGCCACUACUACCACCACCCCCUCACCACCUUACCGAUUCACCGUCAACAGCACCAUCGUCCAGCAAGGCGUUAUUGACAAAACAGCUCUCGCCGGCAAUUCCGCCGACGUCGGCAAACGGGGCAUGCACUCCGCAUCCGGAGCUUACUGGGACGUUAACCGGGAUGGUAUGUGGACAUUCAAAUAUCCCGGUGGCGAGGAGCGGGGAUUAGACGUUGUUGUCAGCGUUACCUGGUUUGCAAUGGGUUAG